AUAUAAUAUAUAUACGUAGUCUUAUGUGUUUGAUCCAUAGUUCCUUUAAAACAUCAUAUCUGCAAUAAUAAUCCCCUGAAGAAACAACUCUUAUCAAAUCCUCUCCAUGGCUCUAUCUCCUCCAAAAAUUUUCGUAGAAGAUCGUCAGGUUCCGCUCGAUGCUACCUCUGAUCCACCUGCUCUGUUCGACGGAACCACAAGGUUGUACAUAAGCUACACUUGCCCAUUUGCACAACGUGUUUGGAUUACAAGAAACCUCAAGGGUCUGCAAGAUGAGAUCAAAUUGGUUCCUAUAGAUCUUCCUAAUAGGCCAGCUUGGUUAAAGGAGAAAGUUAAUCCUGCAAACAAGGUUCCUGCCCUUGAACACAAUGGAAAAAUCACUGGGGAGAGUCUUGAUCUAAUCAAAUAUGUCGAUAGCAAUUUUGAUGGACCUUCACUUUACCCUGAGGAUUCUGCAAAGAGAGAGUUUGGUGAAGAACUGUUGAAAUAUGUCGAUGAAACAUUUGUAAAAACUGUGUUUGGCUCUUUCAAAGGUGACCCGGUUAAAGAAACAGCAUCAGCCUUCGAUCACGUGGAAAAUGCUCUGAAAAAGUUUGAUGAUGGUCCUUUCUUCCUUGGCGAGCUUAGUUUGGUUGAUAUUGCAUAUAUCCCAUUUAUCGAACGCUUUCAAGUCUUCCUCGACGAAGUUUUUAAAUAUGAAAUUAUAAUCGGACGGCCAAAUCUAGCUGCUUGGAUUGAGCAAAUGAACAAGAUGGUUGCAUAUACGCAGACCAAAACCGACUCCGAAUAUGUUGUCAAUUACUUCAAGAGAUUCAUGUAAAAGUAACAAAUCUGUUGGACUUUGGUAACGAUGCCAUGAUGGCUUAUGAAGAAGAAAUAUUACUACUUGAGAGUGUUAUAAAUUUCUGGAUUUGGUAUUGUACAUUUUGUGAUAAAUAAGAGAUAUUUGGUAUUGUUUACUUUCAUUCAUCAAAGAGAGAGACAUGGUUUAUUCCGGAUAAUACAAAUGUCAAUAAUAAAAUGGGCUUAAUACCUUAUUGAAUACCUUAUUGAAUUGUAUCAAUUACGGCCCAUUAUGAGUUAUGGAGUUCCCGACAAAGAUCACAAAACUGCCACGUGUACGAUGA